AUGAUUGUAGGCAUUUGUUGGGUUGAAAAUAUCUUUAUUAAACUAGAGAAGGAUAUGAAGAAGUGGGAUGCUGAGUUUGUGAAGGUUGAUCAGGAUACACUUUUUGAUCUUAUUUUGGCUGCCAACUACUUGGACAUCAAGAGUCUGUUGGAUCUUACAUGCAAGACUGUGGCGAGCAUGAUGGAUGGUAGGACACCAGAUGAGAUUCGCAGGACUUUCAACAUUAAGAAUGACUACACUAAGGAGGAAGAACAGGAAGUUCGUCGCGAAAAUCAGUGGGCUUUUGAAUGA